UAAAAUCCAGUUCGAAGUUCAGGCUCUUAAGGAUGCAAGUUGGAGGAGUUGUUCACUCAGGUAUCCUCCGACGUUACCAAAAGUCUGCGUGCGUGUAUGUGAGUGAGUGAGUGAGUGAACGUGGUUGAGCAAAAGUUUUGGUUGAGCAAAAGUUUUCAAAAGUAGCAGAAGAAGCAGCAAAUAUGCACGCGCAAAUCUCCAAAGUAUGCACAAGGAGCAGAAGCCUUGGGACUCGCUUGUGGGGCGUUUGCGUUCGAGGGAAAACUGCAACUGUGAAACGCGGCUGCGCGGGUGAGGCACACGUGGUGGACUCGGCGGCGGCAGCGGAGCGCUACGCCCGAGCCUUCGCGACGGCCCGGGACCGGCCGGAGCAGUACUGGGCCGAAGUGGGCCAGGACAUACGCUGGUUCGAACCGUGGAGCAAAACAUUGCACGUGGAGGACCCUGUGUUCCCCAACUGGUUCGUGGGAGGCAAGCUAAACAUGUGUUACAACGCUGUGGAUCGUCACGUGGAAGACGGGCGCGGCGAGCAGGCGGCCAUCAUCUACGACAGCCCCGUGACCGGCACCAAGCGGAUCAUCACCUACGGGGAACUGCAGGAACAGGUGUCACGUCUGGCCGGCGUCCUGGUGAAGAACGGGGUCGGCAAAGGCGACCUGGUGGUCAUCUACAUGCCCAUGGUGCCCCAGGCCAUGAUGGCCAUGUUGGCGUGCGCCCGCAUCGGCGCGCCGCACAGCCUCAUCUUUGGCGGCUUUGCCUCCAAAGAGCUGUCGGUGCGCAUCAAUCACGCCCAGCCCAAAAUGAUCGUGACCGCCUCGUUCGGGAUCGAGCCGGGCCGGCGGGUGGCCUACGUGCCCCUGGUGGAAAAGGCCUUGGAACUCAGCGCUCACAAGCCCUCCAAAGUUCUCAUCUACUGCAGGGACAACACGGAGAACGUGUCCAUGAGGGGGGGCUUGGCCCUGGACUGGGACGAAGAGAUGGAGGCCGCCAGGCCCCACGACUGUGUCCCCGUCCCCUCGGACCACCCGCUCUACAUCCUCUACACCUCCGGCACCACCGGAACGCCCAAGGGUGUUGUGAGGGACACGGGCGGCUGCGCCGUGAUGCUCAAGUGGACCAUGUCCAAAAUUUACGGACUUCGACCCGGAGAAGUUUGGUGGGCGGCGUCGGACCUGGGUUGGGUGGUGGGCCACUCGUACAUCUGCUACGCCCCCCUCCUGCACGGAAACAGCAGCAUCCUCUACGAGGGCAAGCCCGUGGGAACCCCAGACGCCGGCGCCUUCUUCCGCGUCUUGUCCGAGCACGGCGCCGCCGCCAUGUUCACCGCGCCCACCGCCAUCCGUGCCAUCCGCCAGCGGGACCCCCAGGCUCAAAGCGCCGCAGCGUACCCACUGCCCAGGCUGCGCGCCGUCUUCUUGGCGGGGGAGCGCUGCGACGUGGAGACGCUGGAGUGGGCCAAGAAGAGUUUCGGGGCUCCCGUGCUGGAUCACUGGUGGCAAACGGAGACGGGCUCUUCCAUCACAUCCACGUGCAUCGGCCUGGGCAACUCACUGACGCCCCCUGCGGGCCAGGCGGGCAAACCCGUGCCAGGCUACGACGUGACUGUGAUUGACGACCACAUGCGACAGGUGAAGCCCGGAACUUUGGGAAACAUCGUGGUGAAAUUACCUCUGCCGCCCGGCGCAGCGUCGUCCCUGUGGCAGAACUCGGAGCUUUUCAAGCAGACCUACUUCACUAAAUUCCCAGGCUACUACGACACCAUGGACGCCGGCUUCGUGGACAAGGAGGGCUUCCUGUACAUCAUGUCGCGCUCUGAUGAUGUCAUCAACGUGGCUGGACACAGGCUGUCAGCAGGUGCUUUGGAGGAGUCGGUUCUGCAGCACCCAGCAGUGGCUGACUGCGCCGUUGUGGGCUUGGAAGACCCUCUGAAGGGCCACAUACCCCUCGCCUUGUGCGUGCUCAAAAAUGGAGUGAAGCAGUGCCACGAGGAGAUAGCGAGCGAGACGGUGAAGCUGGUACGAGAUACGGUGGGACCCGUGGCCGCCUUCCGGAAGGUCGUUUUUGUCCGCGGGCUUCCCAAGACGCGUUCCGGAAAGAUCCCGCGCUCCUCGUUGGAAAAUCUGGUCAACGGGAAGCCGUACAAAAUCACGCCCACCAUCGAGGACCCUGAAGUGUUCAAGGAGAUCGAGAAAACUCUGAAGGCCCACGCAGCCUGAACUCGCCGCGGGCCAAGAAGUCACUAC